UUUUAUCAUAAAGAAUAUAUUAACAAUGUCAAAACGUCAAGCUGAUCAAGCUGAUUUAAGGAAUCAGAAUAAGUCUACAGCUUUCGGAAAUGAAGCUUCUAGAUAUAAUAUGGAAGAAAAGAAUGAUAUGGGUGAAUUUGAAGAUGCUUGGGAAGAUGAAAUGGAGGAGGAAGAGAUUGUCGAAAGCGCUGAUGUUGAUUCAGAAGCGGACGGUAUGGAAGUAGAUGAAAAAGAUGACGACGAUGAAGGAAACGAAGAUGAUUUAAAGUUAUAUAUGCCUGGCCAGCCUUUAGCAGAAGGUGAAGUUUUAGAAGCAGAUCCUUCAGUUUAUGUUAUGCUUCAUAACUUGGACGUUCGUCUUCCAUUUUUAAGUUUUGAUAUUUUAGAAGAUAAAUUGGGUAAUGAGAGAAAGAAUUUUCCUGCAACUGCAUAUGUAGCUGCUGGUACUUCACUUCCAGGUGAUAGAAAUAACGAAGUUUUAGUUAUGAAGAUGUCCUCUUUGCAUAAAACUCAACAAGAAGAUUCUGAUGAUGAGGAUGACCCAGAUGCUUUAGACGAAGAUCCUAUUCUUGAGUAUAGAUCUAUUCCUCAUAAUGGUUGUGUUAAUCGCUUAAGAGUAAUGCCUCAACAACAAGAAAAGCAUAUUGCAGCUACUUGGGCAGAAACUGGUAAAGUUCAUAUUUGGGAUUUAACAGAUGCUGUAGCUAGUUUAGAUGUUCCUGGUACAUCUUCAAAUAUGCCACAAAAGAAGCCUUUGGUAACUAUUAAUAAUCAUGGACGUGAAGAAGGUUAUGCUCUAGAUUGGUCUAGUCUUGAUACUGGCCGCCUAUUAUCCGGUGACAAUAAUGGUCGUAUUUAUCAUACAAUUUUAACUCCUACUGGCGUUAAUACGGAAAAUGUUGCAUUUAGAGAACAUAAAUCAUCUGUUGAAGAUAUUCAAUGGUCGCCUACUGAACGAAAUGUCUUUGCAUCAUGUUCUUCUGAUCAAACAGUAAAGAUUUGGGACACAAGAAACAAGAAACGUUCUGCAGUUGGCAUUCAUGCAUCCAAUUCAGAUGUUAACGUGAUUACAUGGAAUAAAAAAGCAUCAUAUUUAAUGGCAAGUGGACAUGAUGAUGGCAUCUUUAGUGUGUGGGAUCUUCGUACAUUCAAGGGAGGUAAUUCUCAACCUACACCUGUUGCUACAUUUAAAUGGCAUAAUGCUCCUAUUACAUCUAUUGAAUGGCAUCCUACUGAAGAAUCCGUGUUAGCUGUUUCUGGUGCAGAUAACCAAUUGACACUUUGGGAUUUAUCGGUUGAACCUGAUACUGAACAAGAAGGACGUUUAACGACCGGUGGCGUUGAAGUUCCACCUCAAUUAUUAUUUGUUCAUCAAGGCCAAGAAGAUAUUAAAGAAUUACAUUUCCAUAAGCAAAUACCUGGUUGUGUUAUUAGUACAGCAAGCACUGGUAUGAAUAUCUUCAAAACUAUUAGUGUUUAAUAAUAUAUUAUUUUGUAUAAAAUUAUAUCAAGUAUAGAAUAUUUAGAGAGAAUAAUAUAUAUAUGCCAC